UCAGGAUUAGGAAUUGGAUUUUUCAAUUCCCCACAAAACCUUAUCUCCUUCUCAAUCCUUCCCUUUUGCCACAUCCACAUUUUCCCCCUUUCUACUUUCUUCCCAUUUGUACUGUUCCUCAUUGGCUUCUUGCAAGAUCGUAAUGUCACCACUAUUUUGUUAACACUGUAAGAAAUUAUCGCCAAUGGCAGCCUUAAUUUCCUGCCAUCAUUAUUCUUCUCUACAAUUUACAACUACCCAUAAACUUCUUAAGCAUAAACUACAGUCGAAAAACAUCAAUUAUGCUUCCGUUCGGCAAUUUAAACCUCAAUGUACUUCUCAAAAUACGCCUCCGUCCCAGCCUCAAAAUGAACAGAAAAAUUGGAGGUCUUCAAUAAAGGAUUGUGCAAUAUCUAUAGCACUGGCGGUUGGUUUGAUAACUGGAGUACCAGCAUUGGGAGGAGCAGGAGAGGCAAUGGCAAAUGCAAUUGAUCCAGCAUUGCCCGACGUUUCAGUUUUGAUUUCCGGGCCACCAAUAAAGGAUCCAGGGGCAUUGUUGAGGUACGCAUUGCCGAUUGACAAUAAGGCUAUUCGGGAGGUUCAAAAGCCGCUCGAAGAUAUUACUGAUAGUCUCAAGGUUGCUGGUGUGAAGGCCCUUGAUUCUGUCGAAAGAAAUGUUAGACAGGCAUCACGGGCUCUUAAACAAGGUAGAACCUUGAUUGUUGGAGGUUUGGCAAAGUCAAAGGUUGACGAUGGAAUUGAAUUGCUUAACAAACUGGAAACCGGACUAGAUGAGCUUCAAAAAAUUGUGGAGGAUAGGAAUCGGGAUGCUGUUGCACCUAAGCAGAAGGAAUUGCUUAAUUAUGUCGGAGGUGUUGAAGAGGAUAUGGUGGAUGGAUUUCCAUAUGAAGUACCUGAAGAAUAUAGAAAUAUGCCAUUGCUAAAGGGAAGAGCAACGGUGGAUAUGAAGGUCAAGUUGAAAGACAAUCCUAACCUGAAUGAAUGUGUAUUCCGCAUUGUUUUGGAUGGUUACAAUGCCCCUGUAACUGCUGGAAAUUUUGUCGAUUUAGUGGAAAGACAUUUCUAUGACGGCAUGGAGAUUCAAAGAUCGGAUGGCUUUGUAGUUCAAACAGGAGAUCCUGAAGGUCCUGCUGAGGGCUUUAUUGACCCCAGCACAGAGAAAACUCGUACUAUUCCUCUGGAGAUUAUGGUGAAUGGAGAAAAGGCGCCCUUUUAUGGAGAAACUCUGGAAGAGCUUGGUCUAUACAAGGCGCAAACAAAGCUUCCAUUUAAUGCAUUUGGAACUAUGGCGAUGGCCAGAGAGGAAUUUGAGAAUAAUUCGGCUUCGAGCCAGGUAUUUUGGCUAUUAAAAGAAAGCGAACUAACUCCUAGCAAUGCCAACAUAUUGGAUGGUCGAUAUGCAGUAUUUGGUUAUGUGACAGAAAAUGAGGAUUUUUUGGCAGACCUAAAGGUUGGAGAUGUUAUAGAGUCGAUGCAGGUAGUGUCUGGCAUAGAUAAUCUUGCCAACCCGAGCUACAAGAUUGCUGGUUAGGAGAAGACUUUCAUAAUCAAAUUUAUUGUGGUCCAGUAAUUCUAUCGUGUUGAUUCAACACAACUUGCAUUUCCACUAUUUUUCAGUCAAUAAUGUUUUCAAGUCUUCUAGCAUGUGGAUUUCAUGUUGCAAUCUAUUUCAUUCAUUACAGCAAACAACAGGUGUACUUGUUAAUGAUCAGUCGCAUAUCUGUGCAACUUCUAUUGUAAAAACGAAUUCUUUGAAUUUCAUGGGAAAAUUGGAUUGCAGGAUUAUUGUCCACAAGAAGUCA